AUGGGGAGGAAGCGGUCGUCUUCGACCGAGUCAGAGAGCGACUCUGACAGUGAAGAAACUUCUUCCUCUAAGAGUUGCAGGAAGACCAAGAAGGUCUCCAAGGCGACUGCCAAAGAUAAGAAAAAGACAAAAAAGGCUGUAGAGGUCAAAAAGACCAGUAGCAAAGCCAAAAAAAAGAAGGCCAAAGAAGAGAGCGAAGAUGACUCUGACUCUGAGGAGGAGGAAGAGGAUGAGGACUCCGAGCCGAGAAAGAGCAAGAAGGACAAAGAUCGAGGAAAGAGCGACAAGAAACGUCGUGACCGAAGUCGAAGUAGGGAUCGACGAAAAAGGGACGAUAGCAGAGCACAUCCCAUGCCAGGUUCAUAUCCCAUGCCGUAUGGUAUGCCUGGGUAUGCGGUCGCAUAUGGCGCCAGCCCUUGGGGUCCAUAUCCACCGCCAUAUGCCAUGGGACGGGCACCGCCUGGUGACUAUGGUCACACUAGCCGUGCCCUGAACAACGAUCGCGGUGAUCGCGGUGACCGCCGCGACAAUCGACGGGGCCGCGGCGACUAUCGAGGUAUGGACUUUGGGGCCUUCAACGGUCGAGAUGCCGAGCGCACCAAAUGGGCGCCUGGACAAGGCAGAAAUCCCGACCUGGAGGAUGAGACCUUUGCAGCCGUUCUCUUCGAGUCUUCCAGUGUUUGCCGGCGCGGAGCGAUGCUCUAUCCUCACGUGGGGGAGUUGACGGUGUCCUUUAACGGCGGCAAAGAUGCAUGCGUGGUGCUGUAUCUGUGGCUGGCAGUGCUGCGGGCCAUGGAGGAGAUGCCGGAAACGCCGCAGGUCAUCUUCUUCGACUCGGGUGAUGAGUUCGGCAAAGUCAAGCGAUUUGUCACCUGGACAGUAAGAAGCCUGGACUUAGAGAUGAUCGUCUUGGAAAACCGCUCCUUCCGCCUGGGCAUGGAAUCCUUAGUGGCCAACAACGUGAAGGCCGUGGUGAUGGGCCAGCGCUCAGUUGACCCUUGGAUGAAGGGAAUGGAUGCCUUCACCCCUUCAACCGAUGGAUGGCCCGCCUUCAUGCGGAUCAAUCCCAUCAUGAAGUGGUCCUACCAUCACGUCUGGAUCUUUUUGAGGCAGUUUGGAUUUCCCUACUGUGAGCUCUAUGACCAGGGCUUCACGUCCUUGGGCAGCGUGAAAGAUACCCUGCCGAACCCCGCCCUGAAGAGGUCCGAUGGCAGCUUUGCGCCCGCCUACGAGUUGGAGGACGGCACACUGGAGCGGGAUGGCCGGACCAGUAGCAAGUCGGGCAAGGUCCGAUGA